AUGACUUCAGCUGCCACUGCCAAGAACCUUUCCUUCGUUUUAGAAGGAAUUCACCAGGUCAAGUUCGAAGACCGCCCCAUCCCCGAGCUCAAGAACCCCCACGAUGUCAUCAUCAACGUCCGCUACACCGGUAUUUGCGGCAGCGAUGUCCACUACUGGGAACACGGCUCAAUCGGCUCCUUCGUUGUAAAAGAGCCCAUGGUCCUCGGCCACGAAUCCGCCGGCAUAAUCACAAAGAUCGGAUCAUCCGUAACAUCCCUCAAAGUCGGCGACCGAGUCGCAAUGGAACCGGGCAUCGCCUGCCGACGCUGCGAACCCUGCAAAUCCGGCAAAUACAAUCUCUGCGAAAACAUGGCUUUCGCAGCAACCCCACCCUAUGACGGAACUCUCGCAAAGUACUACACCCUCCCUGAAGAUUUCUGCUACAAGUUGCCCGAUGCGCUGUCGCUGCAAGAAGGCGCUCUUAUGGAGCCGCUGAGUGUAGCUGUUCACAUUGUGCGCCAGGCUUCCGUGUCGCCGGGUCAGAGCGUUGUUGUAUUUGGCGCUGGUCCGGUUGGAUUACUUUGUUGCGCGGUUGCGACUGCGUUUGGGGCAUCUUCUGUUAUUGCCGUUGAUAUUCAGCAGAGUCGUCUUGAUUUUGCCAAGAACUACGCUACCACGUCGACUUUUAUGCCAGGAAAGGUAUCCGCGAUCGAGAAUGCGGAGCGUAUGAAGAAGGAGAAUAACCUCGGUGCUGGGGCGGACGUUGCCAUUGAUGCCUCUGGUGCCGAACCUUCCGUUCACACUGGUAUUCACGUCCUUCGUAAUGGAGGCACGUAUGUCCAGGGUGGAAUGGGGCGCAGCGAGAUCCAGUUCCCGAUUAUGGCGGCCUGUUCUAAGGAACUUACUCUCAAGGGUAGUUUCCGCUAUGGCAGUGGUGAUUAUAAGCUUGCUGUUGGACUUGUUGCGAGUGGGAAGGUUGAUGUUAAGAAGUUGAUUACUGGGACUGUUCAGUUUGAGGAGGCUGAGCAUGCUUUUAAGGAGGUUAAGGCUGGUAAGGGGAUUAAGACUUUGAUUGCUGGUAUUGCGGAGUAA